UACACCGAUACGGGCGAAUUUUCAUGGAUGUGAGCCCUCUACGUUUAUCAUUACACGCUGGGGGGCUUCUAUCAGCUUGCGCUUUCAUCUUGCAUGCAACGAUCAUUGCUUUCUCACAGACAAACCACUUAUUAUUCCUUGCCGCUUUCGGACAUUUCAACUUCAUUUUGUCUAAAUUUAUUUCAUUUACGAUGGAUGAAUGGGUAGAUGAUGUCCGUCAUUGGCCUAAAUUGGAGUUUCAAGAUAUCUACGACUACUUUGUUACCAUGCCAGCUUGUGACAACCAGCCGAAUCAAAAUUUUCGCAGCAUUAGUGAAGGUAUAAACUAUCUGCAUUCAGGAUGGGUUGGAGUCGUGAUGCAUAAGAUGUCUGGGCAAAACGUGAUUCUACGCUGUCAAGUACGAUAUUCACAGACAAUUGGCAACUACCAUCAAGUAGAAGUGACCGUGAACCGGAAUGAAAGUAAGAUUGUAGCGGUUAAGUGCGACUGCAUUGCAUCAGAAGGACGAUGUUGUAGCCACAGUGCUGGAUUGGCUUUCAAGGUGCAUGAAGCGAACAAGAAAGGCUUUAUCGGCGUAGCGUGUACUGAUGUAUCCUGCAGUUGGAACCGCAGCACGCAGCAGAAUGUUUUACCGGACACGGUUCUAAACAUUCGCACGAACACCAAAACUUCGAUGGCCAACACAGUGUUAGCUUUUGAGACAGAUGAGCUCCUAUUGGCCCAUCUCAACCAGCCACACAUGCAGAGUUUGUAGUCUGUUCCCGGGACGAUUCUUCACCAUAUGCAGUCGGCCAAGCCACAAUCGUCUCAUUCUGAUCGGGUCAGGCCAACAGCUGAAGUUGUUGACCAUGGAAAUCAUGCUAUACCACUGGAGUGUGCUCCAUGCAGAAAGCUGUUUGAGGGGUAUGUGCAGCUGACAGAAACACAGGCGAAAUCCCUUGCUGAAAAAACUGUUAACCAAAAAUCAGCACUCUGGACUUCGCAAAGAAAACUGCGAAUCACCAGUAGUUCAGCCGCAAGUGUACCGAAACGUCAGGAAACGGAUCCAUCCAAAUGGAUAAAAAACCAUCUAGAUCCAACUUUCAGAGGAAAUGCAGCGACAAUUCAUGGACAACAGCAUGAAGAUAUUGCUAGGAAGCAAUUUGAGGAGGAGACAGGGUGUCAUGUCGACCAAGUUGGUCUUCUAGUGAGGCCAGAGGACAGUUGGUUAGGUGCCAGCCUUGACGGUCGUAUUGAUGAACAUUCAAUCCUAGAAAUUAAGUGUCCGACCAUGCAGCGACUUUCCAAGUACAAGUCUCUAUCUGGACUUUUUGCAAGUGGAACUUAUGAUAUCAGGAGGAGGGAGAAUGGGGAGAACUACUUGCGGCAAACAGCUGCUGCCAGUGGAUACUACAUGCAAGUACAGGUUGCUAUGUAUUGUGCCAAGGCAACAAUGUGUAAGUUCAUGGUUUGGACAGAAAAUGAGGCGGUAACUGUGGACGUACCUUUCAACCAGGAGUGGUUCAGCCAGCAAUAUUCAAGACUGAAGGAAUUUUAUUUCAUGAACCUCCUCCCUGCCAUCACAGAUGCUGUAAACUCACAAACUCUAAGAUUUGUUAAGCUUGCACAAUAGAUUGCUGUGUUCAUGCUUUUCCAUGAAAAUCUCUAAUUGUUUUAUAUUUCUGUAAUCAAAAUUAUUUUGACAAUGGUAUUUCCCCCUGCUUUUUUUAGCAUUGAUGCUUGGAAGGACCCCUGCUCCCCUUUGAAAAAAAAGGAAUAUACAGUCCAACCUCGUUAUAAAGAGCACUGAUAUAACAAGAUCUUGUUAUAACAAGGUAGUUUUCCUGGUCCCAUCUCUUUGUAUUUUUUAUUAUAUUUGGGCCCUGAUAUAACAAGGUUUCGAUAUAAAGAGAUAAUUUCUCUGGUCCCAAGGACAUCGUUAUAACGAGGUUUGACUGUAUUAUGUAAGUGUUUGGUUGUUAUAAAUUUUUAAUUAUAAGCUGGGCGGUGUUUCACCAAAUCGCUCUUAAAGUUAAGAACGACUUUAAGAAAGACUGGAAUACGUUAAUGGGUGUAAUACUUAUUAGAUUCUCGAUCAUUCAGCACAAGAACCAAUACCAGUCGUUCU